UUCAAAUUAUUUUACGUUGGAGAUUAAGUAUAAUUCGAACUAAUGAAGUUCGAAUAAUAACUUAAGUUUAAUUUCAUUUUAUUCUAGGCAGUAGAUAAUUUCGGCAGCUUAAGAAAUUGUAUGAUUAAGGUCACGCAGCUAUACCCAAAUCCAUCAUGAUCAUACCUACAUCUGAUUAUAUUAUCGUUAUAUUGUGAGUUUCUCAAUUAAAUACUUUUUAUUUUACUUAUCUCAAAUGUGAUUAAAACAAAAUUCGAUAAAAAUGGCAAAAGCUAGAUGAGAUAGUAUCAUGUUGUUAGACGAACAAGGCAGACUAAAUUAUAAGUUUUAUGUAAAAAGUUUACACCACAACGUAAUACAAUUUCACUGCAAGGGUCAAAGUCCCCGCAUUCGGCUAGUUACUUCAAACGUUCAGCGUAGGGACCAGAUUACUGUCAUCAACUGACAUAUUCAUAAACGACGAGAAUCCUCUCACACAAAACCUUCAGGGAAUUGCUAAAACUCUUCUGGCUAAAACCAACGAUCUACAUACGUAAUGUCAAGAUUCAGCAGUUAUUAGAACAAUAUCCACCUUUGUCUAGUACGUUACCUGAUUAGAUGAUCGAAUGGAAUGUAGACAACUUUCCACUUAAGGUGCUCUAAAUGUUUUAAACAAAUAUGUGACACUUUCUACAAAGGCUUGGUCGGGGGCAAUAUUGAUUAUCGUGCUAAUUGUGUAAAUUGUAACUCGGGUUUGGGUCAUCUGAAUCGUGCCUUCGACGUUCUACAUAUUAGAGUACCGCUAAAAAUUAUCGCAGUUUUACACCCAACGCAUCUGUCCAGAGCAUGUGUAUCUGGAAAUAUUUAACUUUACCCAUCAUUUUCUAGUCAGUUGUCGUGUGGAGCACUCGCGCAUUCCAGUGUAUACAAAUGUGCCUCUAACGUUCAUCUAAAAUGAAUCGAAUAGUUAUUUUUGCCGUUUUGCUAAACUGUUUUCAUAUCGAUCAUGUUUAUUCCGCGAAUUUACCAGGACCAUUAGUGUACGUCGUAACACCAUCCCCGCGACCACCGCAAAUUGAUAUGGGAAGAUCAGCACCGUUUUACUACCACAAGUGGAUGAGCAGAAUGGACACUCCACAAAACUCAACGCUUUCUACCACGACAACUGAGAGAACGAAGACUCCUGAUUUGAUAUUCGCUGAGUUCGAAUCCGAUAACAAUAACAUGAAAUCAAUUCGAAAACUUCUUGAAAAAGAGAAAAUCAAAUACAAAACGACUACGACGACAACUACGACUACAACAUCAAGACCUAUCUACGUUCCUGAUGGCGAAGCGAGCAAUGACUUAAGUUAUGGUUUACCGGCACCGUCGACGGAGAAACCUGUUAAGACUGAUAUGACUGACUAUUUUUCUUUGUAUAAUAAUUUGUAUAACUCCGGCCCAGUGUACGUGACUGCAGCAGCAACCUCGAGAACGGCACCGCCCUCAACUACCACUACGUCAAGACCGACGACGACACGGGCACCAGUAAACAAUGUGGAAAAUAUUUGGCACAUUAUUGACAGUGAGAAACAUGAUCAAUACUCUGGUGCGUGGCAAGAAGAACCUAUUAGUUCCGAACAAAGUCAAGAUCAGGAACAAAACAAAGGCAAUUCUGAAAGCGCCGAUGUUCAUGACCAGGAUGAUAAGACUAAAGACAAUGCAGGGAUUGAUGACAACUUUGCUUUACCAGGAUUUGACACUAAUCCCGGUAAUGGAGCCGAAAACGAAUCCAGAGCGAUCCGAACAGACCCUAACAACCGAUUCCCUUACAUUGACUUAAAACCUUUUCAAAUGAAAAACAUGAAAAAGAUCAAUUCCUUUUCUAAUGGCAAAAAGGGUAACAAUAUGUUUAACUUAGAUAGUUUUACUGAUAUUAAAAAUCCAAUAAGAGGCGAAGUUCAAGAUUCUGCUGCUCCUGAACGUCAACAGUUAGAUCGUUACAAUCCUGCUCAACCUUACUUGCCUCCGCCACCAAGUUACGGAGCCAAAGCUAAACCAGUUCCUGCCCCGGCUCCACCGCCACCACCACCACCACCAAGUCCUCCACAGCCUUCUGCUCCCCCGUCACGUCCAAUUAAUGCCGUCGCAAAUCUAGUGCCCCCACCACCCCCGCCUGCACCUCAACUUACAGCAGAUGACUUCCCAACCCCAAGCACUUAUGAGUCCUUCCCACCCUUUGCACCUUCGGGUCCAGCGCCGCGUCCUGUUACUUCAUAUCAACCACCCAGUGACUCUGGCCCUGAUCAAUUCUCCAGCGAAAGUGAUGACGACGGACCUCCUUCGGAUGUUGGCUAUAGAUAUAAACCACCUUCUGCUCCUGCUCCUCCCUCACUGCCGUUUGUUCCUACUUUACCUCCUCAACCUAUUUCGGAUUACUCUCAUGAUAAGCCACAGAUGGCUCAAGAAGACAGUGAUGAUAAGCCUGACUUCCAAGGAUACCAUUAUAGUAAACCAGCUCCACCUCCACCGCCUCACGAUGAUGAGCCUCCGGAAAAAUGGGUAUAUGACAGCAAACCUGACUUCCACGGUUAUCAUUACAGUGAACCAGAUAUCAAAUUCCAUCAUGACUUUGAUGAGCAUGAUCACGACCACUUCCACUAUCAUCAUCACCCUACAACGACGACAACAACAACGGAGAUGCCUCGUGUCAACCGAUACAGUUACUAUUACCUCGGGAAGAAGCUCUACUAUCUGCCUCUAUACUUCAGUGUGUACUUCAUUGUUUACGUAGGAGCUCUGAUCAUUAAGGCGGUGUUGCGUCAUAAGAUUACCUAUCCUAACAGCUGGAGGCCUAACACCACAACAGCCAGUUUCUUCUCAAAGAGAUCCAUCGAAUCUCAUCUUUCCAAUGAGAAUCUCCAUGAGAUUACAGGUAGAGUCACAAGAGCUAUUGCUAUGGCAGCUGAAAAGUAUGUUAGUGACAAAAGUAAAGAAAAUUAGUCAAGAAUAUUGAAGUAUGGGUAGAUAUAAAAUGAAGUGUGUAAAUUGUAGAAAUAUUAUUAUGUUGUUAGUUUAAGGUUGUUGUGAACUGGACACGUUUAAUGGUUAUUCAACGUUCCUUCUUAUUUUUAAAUGUAGUUCAUUAUCACAACAUGUUAAUUUUUAAUUAAAAAAGUAAGUCGAAAUAAAAAAGAAUGAUUACAUU